GAGGGAGAACUUUAGCAGGGCAACUUAUCUGACAACACAUCCGUCCGACAACAGAACCUCGCUCUCACGUCCUUUGGUUGGGGUGGCAUUCGUGGCUCCACCAUCGCAUGAGCGAACCCAGGCACAACCCCAACCAACCAAGCCGUCUCCAAUUACGGUCCCUCCUCCUGCUGGUGUGGCGUGGUAUCUCCAGCAGAUCGGGGACAGUCGGGAUCCCCCCACGGCCGUAUCUUGUCUUCCCCCUUGGUCGACGCGAUAUGGAGGCGGCAAGAGAACGAUUGACAGACAGUUCGGAGAAGCUUAGGCUCGCGUUCGCCAGCCUUCAUGCGGUCGAUGGAGAAUUCGCGGCUCGUACGACUGAUGUUGGCACCCUCCCCCUAUCCCUAGCAACAUCGAGGGUGUCCCAAGCAGCCGGCAUGGCAAAGACGGUGGCACUUACUGUCUUGAAGGCGGCGGAGGAAGCAAUGGCAGCCGCCACCACAGCGAGGGCGGAGGCGGUGUCAGCCUUCGCAAUCAAAGCAACAACUGCCGCAACAUCAGCAGCGGGUAGAGCGGCGGUCAAAGCACAGGGGAUGGCCAAAGCUACAGCAACGGUGACGUUGAAAUCGGAAACCGACCCCCCGACCGUGAUGGAGAGGAGAAUUCCGAGUGGCGACAACAGCGGCAGCAACGGUUCAUGCUCGAUGUCGUCCACUGGUAUGGAAGUCGCGACCAGCAACAUGGCUGUGGCAGUCAAGACCAGCGAAUCAGACAUGUCCGACAGUGAAGAGCAGCAAAAGCUCUCACAGCACGACGUCAAAGCUACAGGAGGGGAACACGAGUCAUCACGCGACGACGAUGUGACUUCAGAGGUUGGAAACGCUGAUUUUCGAAGCGCCGACCAGGAGAGGCAAAAGGAAGCCGAGGCCACCCUCGGGAUCGAUGGCGGACAAGGUAAGGAAGAGGAGGAACAGGAGUACGGCGAGAAGGAGGAGCAGCGGGAGGAGGAGCAACAGGAAGAAGAGGAGGGGGAGGAGGCGCAGGAGGGGCACGAAGAAAAUGUAGGCAGCAAGUGUUAA